GUGUGGCCACCAAACCCAAAUAUGCACUUCGCUUCUGGUCCCCACAACGAUUCUCCUCUCAAAACGUCUCAGCCUCGCGCGCCAACAAAAUCCCAAAUUCUUCAACGCGAACCCUAAUUCACUCGUCCCACUCCGAUUCUCAAUCCCGUUUCUGAUUCAUUCAUUCUCUUUUCCUCAAUCUCUUCGUUCGCGUCACAUACCACGUUCUAGAUAUUUGCUGCUGAAGCUUUUAUUCGAUGGCAAAGGACAAACCUGUUUCUGUCAAAGAUGCUGUUUUCAAAUUGCAAAUGUCACUCCUUGAAGGCAUAAAAAAUGAAGACCAUCUGUUUGCAGCUGGAUCUUUGAUGUCAAGGAGUGACUAUGAAGACAUUGUAACUGAACGAUCCAUCACAAAUGUGUGUGGUUAUCCACUCUGCUGCAAUGCUUUGCCUUCUGAACGCCCACGGAAGGGCAGAUACCGGAUUUCGCUGAAGGAGCACAAGGUCUAUGACCUAGAAGAGACAUACAUGUAUUGUUCUUCCAGUUGUGUUGUUAAAAGCAAAGCUUUUGCUGGGAGCUUGAAAACUGAGAGAUGCUUGGGUUUGGAACCAGAGAAACUAAACAAUAUUCUUAGCUUGUUUGGUAAUUUGAAUCUGGAACCAGUGAAAAAUUCUGGAAAGAAUGGAAAUAUAGGUUUUUCUGAUUUGAAAAUCCAGGAGAAAACAGAAACGAGCACUGGGGAGGUGUCUUUGGAGCAGUGGGUUGGACCUUCAAAUGCAAUUGAGGGUUAUGUACCAAAACCAAGAGACCGAGAUUCUAAGGGUUCACGGAAAAAUAUCAAAAAAGGGUCUAAAGCCAGUCGCAUCAAGUCAAAUAGUGACAAAAGUUUAAUUAACACUGAGAUGGACUUUGUGAGUACUAUAAUUAUGCAAGAUGAGUAUAGUAUUUCAAAAGUAUCACCAGGUCAAACAGAUGCAACUGUGCAUCAUCAAAUUAAAUCAACAGCUGCUGUUAAGCAGCCAGGAAAGUUUGGUGACCCUAAAGUGUUCAGGAGAGAUGAUGAUAGCAUUGAAGAUCUGUCCUCAUCUUUUAACAGUGGUUUAAAUUUAAGUGCCUCUGAAAAAGAGAAUGAAGUAGCCAAAUCAUGUGAAGCAGUGGUCAAAUCCUCUGCCAGUCCUGCUAUUAAAAUGAAAGAUGUUCACUCUAUCUCCAUAUCAGAAAGACAAUGUGAUGUAGAAUGGAAUGGUUCAAGGAAAUUAGUACAACUCAAAGGGGAAACGAGUAGAGUAACUGCCAAUGAUGACGCUUCCACUUCUAAUUUAGAUCCUGCUAAUGUUGAAGAGAAAUUCCAAGUAGAAAAAGCAAGUGGAUCACGCAAGUCUAAACCCAAAUCUUCUCUUAAAUCUGCUGGUGAAAAGAAACUUAAUCGCUCUGUUACUUGGGCAGACGAGAAAAUCAACAGCACUGGAAGUAGAGAUCUUUGUGAGGUUAAAGAAUUUGGAGAUAUUAGAGAAAAAUCUAACUCAGUAGGCAAUGUAGAUGUUGCUGAUGAUGAAGAUAUAUUACGUCGUGCAUCGGCAGAAGUUUGUGCAAUUGCAUUGAGCCAAGCAUCAGAAGCAGUUGCUUCUGGAGACUCAGAUGUCACUGAUGCUGUUUCUGAAGCUGGAAUCAUUAUAUUGCCACAUCCGCAUGAUGCCGUUGAGGAAAGUACUCUGGAGGAUGCUGAUAUACUAGAAAAUGAUUCAGUUACUCUGAAAUGGCCAAGAAAGCCUGGAAUUUCUGAUGUUGACUUCUUUGAAUCUGAAGACUCAUGGUUUGAUGGUCCACCAGAGGGUUUCAGUUUGACUUUGUCGCCUUUUGCAACUAUGUGGAAUGCCCUCUUUUCAUGGAUAUCAUCAUCUUCUUUGGCAUAUAUAUAUGGGAGGGGUGAAAGUUUUCAUGAAGAAUAUCUAUCAGUUAAUGGGAGAGAAUAUCCUUGCAAAAUUGUCUUGGAAGAUGGUCGGUCAUAUGAAAUAAAACAAACUUUAGCCAGUUGUCUUUCUCGAGCUUUACCUGCACUUGUUGCUGGACUCCGUCUGCCAAUACCAAUAUCUACCUUGGAGCAAGGGAUGGGUUGCUUGCUGGAGACAAUGUCAUUUGUGGAUGCAAUUCCAGCUUUCAGAACAAAACAAUGGCAAGUGGUUUCUCUCUUGUUCAUUGAUGCACUGUCCGUUUGUAGAAUACCUGCUCUUAUCUCAUACAUGACCGAUAGGAGGGCUUUGUUUCACAAGGUUCUGAAUGGUUCUCAAAUAGGUAUGGAAGAGUAUGAGAUUUUGAAGGAACUUGUAGUACCACUGGGCCGAGCUCCUCAUAUCUCUGCUCAAAGUGGGGCAUGACAACAAAUGGGCCAAAUGUUGAACUUCAUCAAUGAAGAGUGCAAUUUUCUUUUUUGUUUUGAAAAAAAAAAUACCUUUCAAGCGAUGAAGUGCUAGUUCAUAAACAUAAAAAAACAUACAAAGACAAUUAUGCUAGGCUUCAAGCAACACAGGAACCAGAUUUCUAUAUGAUCUAAUGCUACAGCUAGUGGGAGUGAUGAGUAGAAAGUUGAUAUUCAAUUGGACAAUAUUCUAACAUGUAAUUAUAUAUUUUUAAAAAAAAAUCUAAAAUACUGUCUUGAGUUUAAUGGAAGUCUUUAUUUUUCACGCCA